UUGGAGAUGCUCUCAUAUGAAAAUACAGAGAAGCGGAAAAUUCGCGGCGAAACAGAGAAAGAUUUCGGUUUCGGUGUGUUUUGAGAACUUCGUUCACUUAUCCACGAAAAUUAGUACUGAAAAAAGUGAAAUGGGAACAACAGAAGAAAUUUUAACGGAGCUUCUCGGCGUUGAAAUGGAGCUUCAGGAUGUUCAAGAGCAAAUAAAGGCGUUGCUCGAACAACAAGAAAAUCUGCACGAGAGGCAAUCCGAACUAAAAGCUCUGCUGGAACAUAACGAGUCAUCUAGAAGCCAUGGGGGAGAUGAAGCUUCUGUUUCUGUGGAGAACUGGUCUGGGUCAUUUGAAUGGGAUUCUCAAGCUGAUGAUGUUAGGCUAAAUAUCUUUGGGAUAUCUGCAUAUCGUGCAAAUCAGCGAGAGAUCUUAAAUGCAAUCAUGAGUCGAAGAGAUGUUUUAGUUAUCAUGGCAGCUGGGGGAGGCAAGAGCUUGUGCUACCAACUUCCAGCAGUCCUAAGAGAAGGAGUGGCUCUUGUUGUCAGCCCUUUGCUGUCACUUAUUCAGGACCAGGUAAUGGGUCUGGCUGCUUUGGGUAUCAAAGCUUUCAUGUUAACAUCAACAACCAACAAGGAAGAUGAGAAGUUCAUUUAUAAAGCUUUAGAAAAGGGGGAAGGAGAGCUGAAAAUAUUGUAUGUCACUCCAGAAAAGAUAUCAAAAAGCAAGCGAUUUAUGUCAAAAUUGGAGAAGUGUCAUCAUGCUGGUCGGCUCUCUCUGAUCUCUAUUGAUGAGGCACAUUGCUGUAGUCAAUGGGGUCAUGAUUUUCGUCCAGACUAUCGGAAUCUUGGUAUAUUAAAGACUCAGUUUCCUGAUGUUCCCAUGGUUGCUUUGACUGCUACCGCAACAAAGAAAGUACAAGAAGAUCUCAUUGAUAUGCUACACAUUCCAAAAUGUGUAAAGUUUGUUAGCUCGGUCAACAGGCCCAAUCUCUUUUACAUGGUACGGGAAAAAUCAUCUCUUGCAAAGUCAGCGGUUGAUGAAAUAGCUGAAUUCAUACAAACAUCAUAUCCAAAUAAUGAAUCUGGGAUAGUUUAUUGCUUUUCUCGGAAAGAGUGUGAACAGGUUGCAAAAGAAUUGCGCGAGAGGGGAAUCAAAGCUGAUUAUUAUCAUGCAGAUAUGGAUGUCCAUGUUCGCGAGAAAGUUCACACAAGGUGGAGUAACAGCAAGUUACAAGUCAUUGUUGGCACGGUGGCUUUUGGAAUGGGAAUCAACAAGCCAGAUGUCAGGUUUGUUGUUCAUCACAGCUUAAGCAAAUCAAUGGAGACAUAUUACCAGGAGAGUGGUCGAGCUGGAAGAGAUGGGCUUCCUUCUGAGUGCUUGCUGUACUUUAGACCAGCUGAUGUUCCUCGACAGAGCUCAAUGGUUUUCUACGAAAAUGCAGGGUUACAAAAUCUGUAUGACAUUGUGCGAUAUUGUCUGUCUAAACGGCAAUGUCGGCGGGGAGCUAUCUUUAAGCAUUUUGCGGAGCCUUUACGAGAUUGCAAUGGGAUGUGUGAUAAUUGUGCCUCCAAUAAUGAGAUCAAGGAGCUGGAUGUAUCUGAUCAUGCAAAAUUUGUAGUAUCAAUAUUGCAAGAAAUACUAGAGAAAGACCAAAGGGCGACAAUGUUGCAAUUAGUUGACAAGAUGAAGAUCAGGAACAGAGAUAUGGAUCCCGUGCUAAAAAAGGAGGAAAUGGAACAAUUGAUAGUUCAGCUUGUAGUGGAUCGUGUUUUGGUAAGAUUUCGAGUUCCAGUUCUCCUCUUCUGUAUCACUAUUUUAUACUCCUGAGAAUGUCCUUCUGUUAAGAUCUUUGACGUGUGAAUUUUGUGCAAAUAAUAGACUACGGGCUAUAAACGAAUAAAUUGGAUAAUUCAGGUGAUGCACUGCUGAAAUUGUUUCGGUCCUGACAAGUAAAUAAACUGCUAUUCAGUCACAGAAGGAAAAGUUUGUCCCAAGUUUCUUGCUGUUUGGUUGAUAGUUUACCAGAUCAUACAUAUAUCUCCUCGUGCGCUGCCCUCUAAGUAAACAUCGACUUCCAUGAACACUUUUAUCGUUUACCCGUAACAACUUGCUCCUCUAAUGCAGAAAGAAGAAUUCCAGCACACUCCAUAUACCACUAAUGCGUAUGUGACAGUGGGACCUUUGGCAAAGCAAGUAUUGCACGGUAAGGAUGCUUAGUGCCUAUUUAGUUGCCUUUAAUCAUCUUAUUGCAUGGAACUACGCUAGUAUCUCUAACCCGCUAGGUUUCCGCAUUCCUUUCCACCUUAAAGCAUUGCAUUCUUGUCUGUGCCUCAGCAUGAAAGAAAUUUGGUAGCACAUGAUGCAGUUGAUUCAAGUGUGUUAUAUGUGUGUCACAUGCAGGGAAGAAAACAGUUAAGCUUGAAGUUCGUUGUGGAGAGAAAAGCUGUUCGGCUAACUUGAAAUCUAACAAGCGCAGCAGAUCUAGUGGACUGGAAUUUAAGCUUGAUGAGCUGCGAAAGGAGCUUGCUUCGCUUGACGGAGGGAUUUUCCCUCACUCAGUACUAUCCACUCAGCAAAUCAGCAUGUUGAACGACAAGAAACCGAAAUCAAUGGAAGAGGUGCGCUUGCUAACUCUUAUUUCUACUUUAGCUGUAUACCUUGAGGUUGUUACUCUGCUUCCGUGUGCCUGCUGUAGUUGCGCGUGAAAUCCCCUAACGACGUUGCACUGCGAUUUCUUUCUGAAACUCACAUUGCUAGUUUUGUAUUUGCCAUUUGCCAUUUGCAGUUGGAGAAGAUGAUUGGAAAGGUGAAGGCUGAGAAAUAUGGUGAAAAGAUUUUGGAUGAAAUAAAAUGUUAUGAACCCAAGAAUGAGAUUGAUGAGGAGGAGCCUUCCCUUAGGAAAAACAAAAGGGCACUUGUUGUCAUAGAGAGCAGUGAAGAUGAAGCAUGAAAACAAACAUUAGUUUUUAUUUGAUUUGUUAUUCAGCAAAUAUUAAUCUUGCAUUGUAAUUGAGAUAACUGGAAUCAUGUGAUUUUGAAUCUAGCUAAUUUAUCUGAUUCGAAAAGUAUUAUAUUAA